UUUCCCGUUCUCGACUCAGUUUCGCGUUGAAGUUUCGUUCGGCGCUUGGGCUUGGGAUUUGUUUUGUUUACUAAUUUAUAUUAAUAAAUUAAACUAAUUUAGCCCAAAAAUAUUUUAGAAGGUCCAUAAUAAUUUGUGAAUAUGAAGGAACCAAAACAAACACCUAUAGAGGAUUUGGCUGAAUUACGAAGCUAUUUUGCAUCUCAUAAUACGGUGCGGGAAUAUGUAGCCCAUUCGUCUAAAGUACAUUCAGUUGGCUGGUCUUGUGAUGGCAGGAAAUUAGCGUCAGGGUCCUACGAUAAGAGUGUCGUGACCUUCAAUCUCGAAAGAAAUAGAUUGGCACAAGAUUUUGUGUUCCGAGGCCACACCGGGUCAGUAGACCAACUAUGCUGGCAUGCAUCACACCCGGACUUGCUCAGCACGGCCAGUGGAGACAAGUCUGUUAGGAUAUGGGACACAAGAUCACACAAAUGUGCUGCAAUAAUACCCACAAAAGGGGAGAACAUAAACAUAGCAUGGUCACCAAAUGGCAGCACCAUAGCAGUGGGAAACAAAGAGGACCUUGUCUCUUUCAUUGACACUAAAACCUAUAAAGUGGUAACAGAAGAGCAAUUCAACUUUGAAGUUAAUGAGAUCUCGUGGAAUCUGACUUCGGAUUUGUUCUUCUUGACUAACGGGCUUGGAUGUGUGCACAUCAUGACGUACCCGUCGCUGGAGCUGCAGACGGUGCUGAAGGCGCACCCGGGCACGUGUAUCUGCAUUGAGCACGACCGCAGCGGGCGCUACUUCGCGACCGGCUCCGCGGACGCGCUCGUGUCGCUGUGGGACGUGCGCGACCUCGCCUGUCUCCGCGUCUUCUCGCGUUUGGAUUGGCCAGUGCGCACACUGUCGUUCAGCUUCGAUGGCAGGCUACUAGCGUCCGCCAGCGAAGACCACAUCAUAGACAUUGGUGAUACUGAGACGGGUGAGAAAGUAGCUGAGAUUCCCGUCCAGGCGUCAACGUUCACAGUGGCGUGGCACCCCUCCAGAUACCUCGUGGCGUUCGCGUGCGAAGACAAGGAGCCUCCAGAGAGGAAGCGCGACGCCGGCAACCUCAAGUUGUGGGGGCUGCCCAGCUCCUCGUAGACUCUGUGCGCUUGUGAUAAGGUUGUAAUUUGUUUGGCAAUGACAAAUUAAAUUUGACGAUUUCCAAGCAUGGAAUGUGACUGUCCAGCUCCUCGUGGACUCUGUGAGCUUGUAAUAAGGUUCCAAUUUGUUUGGCAACGACAAAUGAAAUUGGACGAUUUUCAAACAUGGAAUACGACUAUGUGUUUGCGAUAUGUAAUUUUCAAUUUUGUUUGGCGACAAAUUAAAUUAGUUCAGGACUUUGUGUGCUUGUGAUAGGGUUCAAUUUUGUUUGAUGUCGAUAAUUUUCUCUGUCUACGGUUAUUGACUUAAUAUUCCUUAAUAGAGCGAACGCUCAUUUUGUAAAUAUUGUGUUACUUACUAUAAGUUGAUAUUUUUUAAAUAAUAAUUUAAUUAAAAUUUAUAA